AUGUCGUCUUUGGAUCUCACCGGAGACCACAACUGCUCUUCGUGUCUGGAGGUUUUCUCGGAUCUUAUCAAAUUGAGAUGUGGGCACAACUUUUACCGGGAAUGUUUUGUCAAUGUGUUGGGUUCCCAGGAACGGACUGGUGGUGGCUCUCCCGGUCGCGGGGACAUCUGCCCCGGGUGUACGGUGCUUUCUUCAAACUCAGACAAUCAGCCGGAGCCUCCAGAAGAUCGGGCGGCCGAGAUCUUCUGCACUUACUGUAUUCACUCCCAGGUUCCGGCUAUCCAAUCAUGUCUGCACUGUGAAGCUUCUCUGUGUGCCGGUCACCUGAAAGUCCACACCAAAUCCCAGGAACACAUCUUGACCAAACCCACCGAGUCUUUCAAAGACAGCAAAUGCUCCAUCCACAACAAGAUCUUGGAUUUCUACUGCUGUCAGGACAACCUCUGCAUCUGCAUAUCGUGUCACCUGGAGGAGCACCGAGGACAUCAAGUGCGUGACUUCAACGAGGCCUUUGAGAAGUUAAAGGAGAAAAUGGACUUUGCAUUGGACAUCUUGACUUCCGAGGCGGAGGAGAUCGAGAAACGCACCCGACGUCUUCAGGAUCGCCAAACGAAUCUUCAAGAAAAGGCGGCCAGUGCGGCGGAGAGAGUCUGCGCCUUGUUUAGGAACCUCCGGAAACAACAGGAGGAUCUGGAGAACAAAAUCCUGAAGGACAUCUCAUGGCAAGAAAAGCAAAUUUCCCUUUCGGUCUCCAACCGGAUCCUCCAUUUGGAGCAAAACCGGGAGGAGCUAUCCAGGAAGAUCGGCAACAUAAAAGACUUAUACGAAAGACCCAACCCCUUGAUGUUCUCUCAGUGGCUGAAUUCGGAAAACCACGACCUUCAUAAGCUUAGACGAGAGAGCGUCAAAUACAGAAAAACGGAUGUAAGAAUGGCGUACGCGUUGAAGGAGUUUGAUGAAGGUCCGGUCAUCCAGGCCUUACACACCGGGCUACUGCACAUGGUGGCCACCAUCAAAAAAGGGAUCUUUGUGCAAGAGGCUUCUGACUUGCUGCUGGAUGUCAACACGGCCGCCAACAACGUAGCCGUCACCGAGGACCUGAAAGAACUGUCAUGUCCAGGAAGCGAUCAAUGGCGCAUCGAAAAGGGCGAACGCUUCGAUUUCUCUCAGGUUCUGAGCUCCGGGAAGUUCGGUUCGGGGAGACAUUACUGGGACGUUGAGGUUGGCGACUCUGGGAAUUUCAGGUUAGGGGUUGCCUAUCCUACUAUCGAAAGGAAAGGGGGGCAAGCUAGAAUUGGUAACAAUGACAAAUCUUGGUGUUUAGGAAAGGAAGAUGAUACGUUGUUUGCCAUUCACGACUCCAACAAGAAUUGUUUGGAACGUGACUUCUCAUGGCAGAAAAUCAGAAUCUAUCUGGAUUACGAGGCCGGCCAGUUAUCCUUUUAUGAGCUUGGUGACUCGAUCCGACACCUUCACACCUUCACCGCGACCUUCACCGAGCCCCUCCAUGCCGCCUUCUGUAUUUUCUUAACAAGCUGGGUGAGAAUUUUGAGUUAA